UGCAUACUUUACCAUGUAGCUAUAAAUGAUGGCUUUCUUUCUGUAUCCUUAUCAUUUCUCUUUUUUCUUAAAAAACUCCUCAAUACCACUCCACUAUAUUUCAAACCAAUAAGAGAUCGGUCUAUUCUGGAUAUAAUGCAAGAAAAAAACACUCUGGCCCCUGCCAUCAUCACACAGGAUCACAUCCAUGCUAUAGUGUCGCAGCCCUACGAACUGAAUGAGUUUCCUAUUCCGCACUUGUUCAUCGUCUUGCCUCAAAGGACUCAUUCUCAAAGCGCUACUGCUGAUCAACCCCUACUAAGUCGUCAGUUUCGAUUGUUCUUCUUGUGCGAAUGCGGACGACAUACAUCUACCAAUCCCAUUAUCGAAAAAGAAACUACGAACGGAAUGAUAACAACGAUUCAACAUGAGAUCCACCUUGCAAAGCAUAAAGGAUAUAGUAUUAUUAAGCCCAGUGAGUUUUUUGAACGAUAUGGAAGAUACGCCUUGGCGAUAAUGGAGAUGAUCAAGCAGGGGUUCUCGGCCGAUGGAAUGACAAUACGGCCAUUAUCACAGAGUCAAAAUCAGCUAACAAGAGAAAUCAGUUCUUUGGAGAGUGGUCUUGAUCUUGCCAAGAAUAGCUUCAGUUCUCUUGUUGAUGAGACUAUCAACUUUAUUCACAAUCAACAAAUAACGACCAAUCUCAAUAGCAAAUGGGGUUACAGUGACUGCAGUAAUGGGAUUGAUGUUGACAAUAGCGAUGAUGAUACGGCCUUUCUUACAAUCAAAAGUAGAAACAAAAGCAAAAGCAGUCUGGAAAAAUUAACCAAAACACCACUGCUGGAGGGCGCUGAUUUACGCCAACUUGAGUCGUAUCUCUCUAUCGAGGAUGAUGAAUGCACGCCUGGCAACUUGUAUCGGAUGACCAUCCAAGAUGGUAAAAAGACUAGAUGGGUCUGUAUUGACCAUCUUCGUGCGAGCUUUAGACCUGCGGCGGAACAUGAGCUUUUGAACAUGAUCGAGCGGUGUAAUAAAAGAUUGUAUCAAGGAGAGCGGUCCCAGCUAAUGGUAGUACUUAUGAACAGGACUCAGGCUGAACAGCUGUACGAUGUGCUGAAAAAGACGCAGAUCGUGCAACAGUUAAAUAUUGUCCUGGCUUGGGACGUAUCAUGGAGGGAUAUCCGGAAGUUGGCUUCAGCAGUUACCGAGAGCAAUGUCGUCCAUUUCUCGAUGGCUGGUCACCUGUUCACAAGAACUGGAUCUCUACUCGAUAUUCUCAACCGGUUCCGUCGGUUCAACCCGGUCGUGCAGCUUCUUUUCAAAAAUCAAACGGUCCAGUCUUUACACUUGGAUGGGUUUCAGGAUUUUUUUGCCCAUGUCUCAGCAAAGUCGCCACAACGAUAUUUUCGCCAUUCAGCAGAAUUGGCCCCUCAACUACGCUCCCUUACACUACGCUUUCUAUUCAAUGUCGCGGAUAGGACCCAUGUAUCAAUCAUGACGCGAAUACUGAGGGCCUGUCCUUCUCUUGCAAGGCUUACGCUUUGGUGCGAUCAACUGUGCCCUACGCUUGACUUUAUCAUGAGCCAGAUUGGCAACAACAACCAAGAUAAUCACAGUUUUGUUACAUCAACAGCAGCAUUAAAUCAACUCAAGCUCGUUACAGAAAACUUUACGAUGGUCUUCAGGCUCUUUCAAGGUGCUAUUCAAGAAGGUACUAUGAGAGCAAUUGCACCUUUUAUUAAGAUCGUCUCACAAGAACAAGCACUGUUACAACGGCGGACACUUGUCACCAAACUCAUCCUUAACCACGAGCGAGAUACCCCAGUCAUGGACGAACAAUCGUGGACCCGGUUUUUACUCUUGAGCCCCAAGUUGUCUGAGAUUGAGAUCUGCUGUCACGAUAAUCAUCUUCCUAUAUAUAUUGAUAUGAUUACUUCUGUCAGAGUGAAAAUCAUCUCCCAAAACGAAGGCACCUUCGCGCUACACCGACUCCAAUUCAACUUACACAUGACAACGUUAGUCUCACUAUCCUUUCCAUUAAGCCUAUAUUGUCCUAAGUCCGUUGACACCCCAUUGCCUAGAAUCUCAGUAAACAGUCUGGAUACCAGCGAGUUCUCUGGUCCGAGUCCCCCUUCCAGUGCCUUAUCCCAAGUUUUGCGAGAAUAUGGCUCAGUUAUUAGAGACUUGCUAGUAGAUGACAAGUUCACAUAUGAUCAUGCCAUGCUCCUAGAUGAAGUGACCAAGGAUCGGGGUUCAAAACUUCGCACAUUGACAUGCAUACGAUCAGUAGGAAAAGACAACAGCAGUGACAGUUAUGAAUGGAUAGAACGGGUUCUGGAACGUUCAACUGAACUAGAAAGAUUCACUCUUGAGUUUUAUAAGCUUCAUGAGGCUAAUCAAAAAGGACUGAUGGAGAGAUUAUUACUUCGGGUAGGCAAACGAGUGCACAAAUUGGUUCUAGGCUCCACUUUCCCUGAGGAAUGGCUUCCUAAGGUCGCUCGAGCCGCUCCAACACGGUAUGAAUUGCCUUUACUGGACUCACUAUCAAUUUGUGCUCAUGGGCUGCAAGAGCCGCCACAGAAUAUUGUCGAAUGGAUCGCCAAUAUAGUCUCAAAGCCAUCUACGGUCAUCCCGGGCACAAAUUCAGGACAACAACAGCAGCGGUUUUCGAGAUCCGUCGAGCCUACAAUUCCCUAUACAACAACAGCGAGAACCUGGACGGCAUUAGAACGGAUCUGGAUAGGAGGUAUCCACUUCCGACCUCAGCAAUGGGAGGUUAUUCUUAAAGCUAUAGACUUUUCAUCACUACAAGACUUGGGUUUCUAUGAGACCAAUUUUGAUUUGGUCCAACUCCAGUUACUGAUUAAUCUUAUUCCGGAGCCAGGGACUUCACCCUCUCCACUGCACUGGCUGCGGCUCGGUGGGACGAUAUUCGAUGGCAACUGGGAGGGUGGUGGCGUUCAAAUUCCUUCCGAAAUGAUGACAACGCUUCAAAGAAAAGCAUCUCUCAUCAGGCUCUCUUAAUAUAGUUACUCUUAUA